AUGAAUAUUUUGGAUGAUGAAGAUGACCAAAGCUUUCACGCUACGCGUGACGGCUACUCCCAUUUGAGCAAUGUCGAAUGGGAUACGGUUGAACGGAUGGGUUCAACCAUGGGCAUCCAUGCUGUUAGCGUCAUGCUAGAGGCUCUCAAUAGAGAUGCCCAACAUGCUACUAUCGCCAAGUUCAUUCAAAAUGAACUUGACGCCGAUCGCGAGAAAGUAGCCUUGCUUCACCAACAAGGUUCUCAACAAGCAGAGUUGUUGAGAGAACAGGGUGCUCAACAAUUUGAACUGUUGAGACAGCAGCAGGCUGCUGCUGGCGGGUCGAUGCACUCGCGUCGACCCGAGAUUGACAUCUCUAAGUUUAGGGGGGUCGAAGAAGACUCCCUCUUGAGAUGGUUCGUCGAAUUGGAUGACGCCAUAAGGGCGCGUCGCAUCGACGACGGGGAUAUGCAAGUUGCAUUUGCCCAGUCAAAUAUGGCAGGACGUGCCAAGACUUGGGCACUGGGGCUCAAGUUGCACGACCCAUAUGCGUUUGGGUCGUUGGAAGUCUUCAAGUCGCGGCUCAGACAAACGUUUGAACCGCCUAGAGCUGAGUUCAGGGCUCGAAUCGAACUCUUGAAGCUCAAACAGGGUAAGCGUGAUGUGCACGCUUACGCCUAA